AUGGCUCAUCGCACCAACCGAUCGGUUCCCCAAGGAAGAAACGACAUGACUGAAGCAAUCCAAGCCAUGAAUGCAAUGGCCGCAACAAUGGCCCAACAAGCUGCGAUCCAGGGGCAUAACUACCAAGAAAAUAGGGGCAGGCAGCAUCAACAACACAAGCCAUAUGCCCGACCACUGGGGAAUGCUAGAGAUCAACCUCGACCUCAAAACGGGGAAGUUCAAGGGCCAAAAUUCCAAAAACCAGACUAUUUUGCAAAUGAAUGCCCUGAACGGAAGGACGAUAGAGCUGUCAACCACAACAAUAUCAACGACAAUGUUGUACGCCCUACUGCCAAGGGACGUGUCUACCACAUCAAUGGAGAGGAAACUCCAUCUUCCUCUGAACUUAUCCAACGUGAGUGUUUAAUUGCUGGAAAAUCACUUAAUGCAAUUUAUGAUUCGGGGGCAACGUACUCAUUCAUUUCAUUGGAUUGGGUGGAUUCACUCCAACUUAUUGUUACUACUUUGCUGUUUGAUUUGGUGGCUACCCUACGUUCUACCGAAUCAGUGAAAUGUAAUACGACUUGCUUGCAAUGUCCUUGA